UCCGCAUAUCAUGCAAUUAACAUUUUAAUGUUUUAAAAAAAUAUCAAAUAUAAUUACACAAUUAAAAUAUGAGUAUUUUUUUUUUAGAACUUUACAUGAUUUCUAAUGGUUGGAGAUGGUCUAAAACAUUUUAAAAUUUUAAAAUUUAAAUUCUGUUUUCCUUCCUUUACUCUUUAAAUAAUUGAACGUACUUCAUAAAAUGCAAUAAGUAAGAACAAUCCAUGCCUAUAUCAUCACGCCCAUCUAACGCGCGUCAACACCACAUAACCUUUGAGUAGUGGCUGCGUGAGAGACACGAUCAAUAGAGUCGGAUAAAAGGUUAGAGACUGUAUCUAUACAUAAUUCAAGUCCAAUAUCUUUUUCCCAGUGGCACUUUAUCAUUAUUAUUACUCCUAUUAUUUUCGCUUUUCUUCUCAUUCUCAUUACAUAUCAAUCAACCCUAAAGAAAACUUAUCUUCUGAAUCUGUUAAGUAGAUCUCUAAUCUCUUUCCUACUAUCUAUAUAGCCCUACUUCUAUGAAUCUUUGUGUCCCUCACAAUCUCACAAGUGAAACGUAAAGAUAGAUAUUUGAUCGGAGAAAAGAUAUGACGGGAGGAAUAGGGUUGGGAGACACGACGUACACAAAGGUGUUUGUGGGAGGAUUAGCUUGGGAGACGCACAAGGAUACGUUGAAGAAGCACUUCGAGCAGUUUGGGGAGAUUUUGGAAGCUGUAGUCAUCACCGACAAGGCUUCGGGCAGAUCUAAGGGCUACGGAUUCGUGACAUUCAAGGAGGCAGAUGCGGCGAGCAAGGCUUGUGUGGACGCUACUCCGGUGAUCGACGGAAGAAGAGCAAAUUGCAACCUUGCCUCUCUUGGUCUUCAAAGAUCCAAACCCUCCACUCCUAACCAUGUGUUAGGGGGAGGGAGAAUUAACAAUAUGAGAGUGAUGAUGAACACAAUGCAGACUGGUUUUGGACCACCACAUCCACCAACCACUUUCUCUCACUAUCCCCAGCUCCCUCUCAAUCUCUUUGGGUACUCUCCAUACUCGUCAGAUUACUCUCCAUUCCCUACGAGCUUAUACGGCGUGUACGACUGCUAUUCAGGGGGACAAUAUGGACUAUAUAGCAAUGGAAACGGUGGAAGCGGUGGACUAACCGCAGCAGCCGCAUCAGCUGCUCCAUUUUAUCCUUGUGGUAGCGGUGGAGGACAUGGUGGGGUUCAAUUCACUCAACCACAACCGUUUUAUCAUCACUUCUCUUCUUAUAACAACCCGCACCAAUACUCUCCUGCCACAAUAUCUGUUCAACAAGUGUGUUUUGCUGUGCCACAGGUGUAACCGGAUUUCCACUUCAGCCACCUCUCAUUCCUUACCGUUGAAAGAAGCUUAGAGUCUUUGGUAGCCAUCAAGCUUCACAUCGUCAUCAUAAUCUUCAUCUUCUUCUUCUCAAGUCAAGAGUAAUCUAUGGUUUAAUAGGUGCUCUCUGGCUAUCACAACAACUUUUUCUCUCUCCCUGUGCCCUAAAAGCCACCCAUUUUAUGGAAUUUGAGGUGGCUUUUAUUAGCAGAUCCCCAA